UGGGUCUCGGCUGCUGCAGCCAGCACAGGUGUGUGACGUGCUGAAGGGUCUGAUCAUGGUGCUGUGCUUCUCCAUGAUGCAUUACGUGGAUUACUCCAUGAUGUACCACCUGAUCAGAGGACAGUCCGUCAUCAAACUGUACAUCAUCUACAACAUGCUGGAGGUGGCUGACCGCCUCUUCUCGUCCUUCGGUCAAGACAUCCUGGACGCUCUCUACUGGACGGCCACAGAACCCAAAGAGCGGAAGAGAGACAGUAUAGGAGUCAUUCCUCACUUCUUCAUGGCCGUCUUUUAUGUCUUUCUGCAUGCCAUCCUCAUCAUGGUCCAAGCCUCCACGCUCAACGUCGCCUUCAACUCCCACAACAAGUCCCUGCUCACCAUCAUGAUGUCUAACAACUUUGUGGAAAUCAAAGGAAGUGUGUUCAAGAAAUUUGAGAAGAACAACUUGUUCCAAAUGUCUAACAGUGAUAUAAAAGAGCGGUUCACCAGCUACGUCCUCCUGCUCAUCGUCUGUCUCAGGAACAUGGAGCAGUUUGCAUGGAACCCAGACCACCUGUGGGUGUUGUUCCCCGAUGUCUUCAUGGUCGUCACCUCUGAGGUUGCAGUGGACAUCAUUAAACACGCGUUCAUCACCAAGUUCAACGACAUCACAGCCGAUGUGUACAGUGAAUACAGAGCCAGUUUGGCCUUUGAUCUCGUCAGCAGUCGACAGAAGAAUGCUUGUACAGACUACAGUGACUCAGUGGCCCGCAGGAUGGGCUUCAUCCCUCUGCCGCUGGCUGUCCUGCUCAUCCGAGUGGUGAUGAGUUCGGUGAAGGUGCAGGGAGCUCUGUCGUACACGUGUGUGUUCCUCUGCUAUCUCGGGCUGGUGACUCUCAAAGUGUUGAACAGCAUUGUGCUGCUGGGGAAGUCCUGUGUUUACGUCAAGAGAGCCAACAUGGAGGACAAACUGUUUGAGACGCCGGCCCCCCCUCCACCCUCCUCCACCUCCUCCAGUAAAACCCCAAGCAGAGCGGAAGCCAGCUGUCCCACUCCUCCAG